UGGAGAGACAGGGGAAAAGGACGGGACUUGGUGGUUGCUCUAGGCCGAUGAUUAGAAAUUCUGCUUUUAGUUUGCUUCUCGUGAGCGCGCGGUCGGGGUACUCGUGCUGCAGGACGCGUGUUUGGAUAAUAUAGUCCAUGGGCUACUAAGCAUAUUGGUGGAGUGGUUUUAAAAGGUUUUUGAUUUGACUUAUUGAAACGUAUCUGAAAUUACUUGAAGCCGACACCGCUACCGUUCCCUGAAGGACUUUGAUGUUCCAAAAAAUGACAUCUGUGCUGUAAACUAUCCAGUGUUCCGUUGGGUGCAAGUAUUUUCAACUUUUCCUUAAACACGAUCUCGCGAGAGUUGCAGCGUUCGCGGUAGCUGGCCGUGGCUUUGCAGCAGACAGAGAGGGAGAAGGCAGGCAGGCAGGCAGCAUCAUGGCGGACAGAGACAGUGGUAGCGAGCAGGGAGGAGCAGCCACGGGCCCGGGCUUCGGCUCCAUGCACCCAGCUACCGGAGGGGCGGGCUCUGCUUCCGGGCUCCAGCACGAGACCCAGGAGCUGGCGUCGAAGCGGGUUGACAUCCAAAACAAACGCUUCUAUUUGGACGUAAAGCAGAACGCGAAAGGCCGCUUCUUGAAGAUCGCCGAAGUCGGGGCCGGUGGAAACAAGAGCCGCCUCACUCUCUCCAUGUCCGUGGCGGUCGAGUUCCGCGACUACUUGGGGGACUUCAUCGAACACUACGCCCAGCUGGGUCCCAGCAACCCGGCGCUGGUGCAGGACGAGCCCCGGCGAGCCCUCAAAAGCGAGUUCCUGGUCCGAGAGAAUCGGAAAUACUACAUGGAUCUGAAAGAGAACCAGAGGGGACGGUUCCUGAGGAUCCGACAGACCGUUAACCGCGGGCCCGGUUUGGGAUCCACGCAAGGCCAGACGAUCGCUCUUCCGGCCCAGGGACUUAUUGAGUUUCGUGACGCUUUGGCUAAACUUAUUGACGAUUACGGCGUAGAGGACGAGCCCGCGGAGUUGCCCGAAGGGUCGUCGUUGACUGUGGACAACAAGCGCUUUUUCUUCGACGUCGGCUCCAAUAAGUACGGCGUGUUCAUGCGCGUGAGCGAGGUGAAGCCGACGUACCGCAACUCGAUCACGGUGCCCUACAAAGUGUGGUCCAAAUUUGGGAAUACGUUCUGUAAAUAUGCCGAGGAGAUGAAGAAGAUCCAGGAGAAGCAGCGGGAGAAAAGGGCAUGCGAGCUGCAGCAACAAGAGGAGCUGCAGGCGGACGACGACGGCGACGAGGAUUGAUCGUAGAGCUGUCUAAAUAGCAAGAGUAAUGAAAAAUAACAAGAGAAAUAUAAUUAAAAACUCUACUGUACAAAGAGAGAAAUCUAAAGAUUUAACUGUAAUGGUUUAACUCCAAGGGAGCAUCACCCUCAAUAUAAGAAACCUCCACAACCAGACAGUUAUGACAUGUUGUCACUCAUCGCUGGAUGUUUACCCCCCACUUAUCCACCAUUAAUACAGUAACCGGCUGCUAAACAAAGUAAUAACAUUAUAUCUGAAUAUUGUUUCUUACUUGACAAACAAUAUUGAACGGAGUGUUUAUUUCCCUUAUUAACGGACAACUUUUGUACCAGUUAAAGCUAUUGAAAAGAGACCGAUAGAGGAGGAGGAGGAGGAGGGGGGGGGGGGCGGCAGUCUGCAGUGCUCAAAUGGGAUUAUUGCAGAGGACCAUUUCCUUUCCAUGUGAGAUAUUGACUUCAGCACAAAUCAGAUGUUUUUAAUUUUCAAAACCAAAAUUCAAGAACUCUGUUAAAAGGUCUGUGUACUUGCCAUCCUCUUUACCUUUUUACCUGUGAGCAGAGAUGUGUUUACACAUAAAUUAUAUGAGGGCUAGGACUGCUAUGGAAAAAAAAAAAAACACAAA